AUGAACCAGCAGCCUGCCGCCCAGAACCAGCACCAGGCGCAGGCUCAGGCGUCAAAUGCCGCCGGGCAGGAUGUCUGGGAUGAGCAGCAACUCGAGGAAGCCAUGAAACGGCUCAAGCUACUGCAUAUCAAGGUUCGACGUCUAAAUGACACCAUCCCCAAGAUGAUCAAACCGCUUGUGCAGAAGCAGCCUUCACCCGAUGUCAUGUUUGCUGCUUUCAUGAACUCGGUCAAUGAAGCGCAAGCCAACAUCAAAGAAGUCACUGAUUUGAUGCGUGAUGAGAAGAGCCGUGAGGUGUUUGCCCAGGCUAAAAAGAGAAGAGCAGAGGAGCCGGAAGGUAUUGAGAGCUGGGAAUACUACGACCAUCCAGAUUGUUUAGAUCCACAGCCACACCCUUCCCUCUCCGCUUGUCGAGGUCACGUGGCUCAAGGCCCUGAGGAAAGUGCCACCCACCAAAAAAAUUCCCAAAUUAUCCACGAUCCAGAGAGUCAACUCUUCGCCCAGCCGUCACCACCAAAUUUUCCACGUCGACAACCUCAACCGCCGCAAAGAUGGUCAACAUGCGCGUUCAGUACCGCCGACGCAACGGGCAAGUACUCGCCUUUGCUCGCUCGAAAUCGAAUCGACGAGCUCUACAACACCACCUCCAACCGAACCCGAGUCAUCAAGACUCCCGGUGGUGAUAUCCGUCUGCUUCACAUCAAGAAGCGAGGCACCGUCCCCAAGUGCGGUGACUGCGGCUCCAAGCUCUCUGGCAUCCCCGCUCUCCGACCCCGCGAGUACUCUCAGAUCUCCAAGCCCAAGAAGACCGUCCAGCGUGCCUACGGUGGUUCUCGAUGCGGUAACUGCGUCCGUGACCGCAUUGUCCGAGCUUUCCUCAUUGAGGAGCAGAAGAUCGUCAAGAAGGUGUUGAAGGAGCAGGAGCAGAGCCAGAAGAAGAAAUAA